GAGAGAGAGAGAGAGCCGUGUAAGUCAUGUUCUACAUCCUAAAACUAUAUUGAAAGAGAGAACCAUAUUAGUCAUGAUCUACAUCCUAAUAUUAUACUGAAAAGAAUGUCUUCAUCAACUGCCAUGGUGAACCUUAUCUCCAAGUCUAUGGUGAAAGCUCAGCCCCCAUCACAGCUACCCGGCGGCCAAAUGUGCAACAUAACCCCAUGGGACCUUGCUAUGCUCUAGUAUAACUACAUCCAAAAAGGCCACCUCUUUGCUAAUCUCCCUCCCACCCUUUCAAUUGAUACCAUCAUCGACAGCCUCAAUACCUCCCUCUCCGCCACCCUCCACCAAUUCUACCCUCUCGCCGGCCGUUUAGCCACCCAACAAGAACUUGAUAGUGAUGGUAACGUGACUAGUAUGUUUGUGUUUAUCGACUGCAACAAUGAAGGAGCUGAGUUCAUUCAUGCUGAUGCUCAUUCAAUAUCAGUGGAGGAUGUUCUAGCACCAUCAUCUGAUGUACCAUCUAAUUUAAUCCGACAAUUCUUCCCUUUUGACGAUGCUGUCUGCCACGACGGUCAUGUCCUUCCUCUCCUUGCAGUUCAGCUAACAGUGCUGGCUGAUGGUAUUUUCCUAGCUUGCUCUUUUAACCAUGCAGUCGGAGAUGGUACUUCUUAUUGGUAUUUCAUGAACACAUGGGCAGAGAUUUGUCGUUCUGAAAGCAGCCAAGGUCAUCGACAUGUUCCUCUUGACCGUUACUUUAUGGACGAAGCUAAGCCUCCUAUAAAACUAUCAUUCUCUAAUGAGUCUGAGUUCAUUGUAAGGUACUCCCCUCCACCUCUCCGAGAGAAAAUGUUCCACUUCUCCUCAGAAGCCCUAGCGAAACUGAAAGCAAAAGCCAAUGAAGAGCAUGGAACAAGCAACAUAUCCUCGUUCCAGUCACUCAGCGCCCUGAUGUGGCAGUGCAUUAUCCGCGCCUGGCGCUUGCCGGCGGAGCAAGUGACUAGUUGUCGAUUGGCCAUUCAGAACCGCUCGAGGCUCCAACCACCUUUAUCUCCAAACUACUUCGGCAACUCCAUCGACGGAAUCUCCUCAGCAGCGAAGGUAGGGGAGCUUCUGGCAAAUGGGAUUGGGUGGGCUGCUUGGGCGAUCCAUGAGGCAGUGGUGGCGCACACGGAUGAUGUCAUACGUGGCAAUGUUAGGAAAUGGGUUGAGGCUCCGGUGAUAUACAAUGGGGGCAUGUUAGAUGGGAAAUUCUGUGUGUUGAUGGGGAGUUCACCUAGGUUUGAUAUGUAUGGGUGUGAGUUUGGAUGGGGAAAGGCUGUGGCGUUGCGGAGUGGUGCUGCGAGUAAGUUUGAGGGAAAGGUGUCAUCUUACCCAGGCUGGGAAGGAGGCGGUAGUGUUGACCUGGAGGUUUGCCUUUCAACAGAGGCCAUGACUGCUCUUGAGGCUGACCCUGAGUUUCUUAAUGUUGUUUCUCUGAAUAUAAACUGAAUGUUUGGUAAAAGAGUCUGUUUUAACAAAAUAAAAGAUGAAUUUAUUCUCAGAUUUAACCUCGUGUUGUUAAACACCAGAUUCGGAACAGGGAC